AUGUUGCGAAAACCAAGUGAGAUAUGGACUCAUUUUGACAAAAAAGAAAAUGUUUCUGGAGUUGCAGUGUGUAAAUAUUGCAAUCAAAAUAUAUCUUAUAAAUCUACAUCGGGUAACCUAGGAGCUCAUUUAAAACGAUCUCACGCUUCAAUUUAUUUGGCGCAAAAGGUGAGUACCGAUUUAGGAAAUAAACAGCAAAUUGGGACUAUCGAGUGUUUGGCGAGUACAUCUAGAGAUACGGGUGGCUCAAUUCAAGCUGCCGCGGUCGCUGACAAAGAGACAGCUUCCCAGAUUCCAGAGCAGAUUCUCAAUCGAAAACGGCAAAGAACUAUGCAAAAUUAUAUUAUUAAAAAAAUGUCCCCAGAAGAAAGUAAACGAGUUGAUCGUGAUUUGUUAGAAUUAUUUAUAGCAGACUUUCAACCUUUCCGAAUUGUUGAAGACAAAGGGUUUAAAAAAUUUGUGAAAAAUAUCCCGGGAUACACGUUGCCUAGUAGGAAAAAUAUAUCUUCGGCUAUGAUCCCGGCAUUGUACCAGACCACUUUAAAUGAAGUAAAGACCAGAGUUUCUCUAGACGCUAGCAGUGUUUGUUUGACGACUGAUUGUUGGACAUCGUCCCAGACUGAAAGCUAUAUUGGCGUAACAGUGCAUUACAUAGACAAAAACUUUGAACCACAACAAAUACUUUUAGAAUGUAAAGGUCUUAACGAAACUCACACGAGUGCCAAUUUAGCAAAGAAAUUAAAGAGAGUAACGGACGAAUGGAAUUUAACACACAAAGUCAAUUUCGCUAUUUUAGACAAUGCUCGAAAUAUUGUCAAAGCAAUAGAGACAGCUAGGGUGGAAGCAUUAUGGCUGCUAUGCUCAUUCCCUUAA